CAAGAGGGACAAAGGGGGAAACCACAGGGCUGGUUUCUGCUAAUCGCACCCUGGAACCCAUUAAAUGAUUUUGCUCCGGUGACCUACAUAAGUUAUCCAUAUGCCUGCAGAAAGUCAGGCUGUGAGUUGGGGGGUUUACAGAUCAGUCUGAACGGGUUUUCCCUGUAGCGGAAAACCUGACAUUUUUUGGCACAGCAAAAACUUAUUAAAAUGAACUACAAAUAAAUUUGUAAAUGUAUUAAAUUAAAAUAAAAACAACUUUAUUAAUUGAAGCAAAUAUGGUUAAUGUCCACGGCCUGCUUAACAAAGGCGCAUAGGCCCACAUAAACUGCGAAAUAAAUACGCCAAUUUGUUUCCAACAACGUCAACCAUCAUUUUCUCAAAGUGCCCUACUGAAAUGUGCUGAAAGCAACGACAAAGAUGUAUAUUAGAUUCUUUGCAUAAGGAAAAGUAGUAGCAUAAAAAUGUAAAUACAUUACUAAAUUAAGGUAACAUUAAAUUAAAGUAACGCAUUAUCGUAACAUUUCUAUAUGAAUGAAAAGCGCGACAGAAAAACAGCUACGAGAUGAAAACGUGGUUAAAGUAGUAAAGUAGAUACUAUAGGUUUGGGGGGAAAGCCUGUGGUUUGGUUCUUCUAACAAAUUUACUGUAUGUAACAUCAUGAUGUUAUUAAUAAGCGUGUGAUAACGAUUUCAAGCUCCCCAUAAACAGAUUUACGUAGCCUACAGGGACAGGACACAGAUACUGAGGGUUCUUGAGAUGAUGACAGGAAGUCAAAAGGAGGAAAACGGCGUUCAAAAACGCUGUUUCCGGUCAUUUUUGGCGAGAUAUCUCAUUGGAUCUGUUAAAAACUGAAAAACAGCCUCACACACAUCCAGAAUGUAACUGAGGCCACAUACCGCUUUGUUUCUGCGAUGCCAAAAAAAGUGUGUUGUAUUUGAAAAUCCUGUUAUGUCAUAUAGAAGUCAUCACUUAAUAAUUAAACAAAAAAUUAAAACUUGUUAGCUUGUGUAAAAUCUUCAUCUUAGAAGUAACCAGAAGCUAAAGCUGUCAAAGAAAGUCUAAUAAAGCUAAUAGCGUAGAAAGUAGCAGAAAACAUAAAUACUCAAAUUUGUACUGAGUGCCUAACUUAAUUACUUCCCACCUGUGGCUACGGGAUUACUGAUGGCUAGCUCUUUAUCAGUAGGGAUGAGCCCUGUGCGCCUGAAGAUCAGAGGGUGUGACAUGCGCACUGCACGGAGCGCUCACAAGCUGCGGACACAAUGCAGGAAAAUAAAGCCCAGAGCUCGCUUCUUGACAUUUUCCCGUCUCUCAAUAAGCUGUUAUGACUUAUUCUAUUAGGACAGACUCAUUUCUUCUACUCGGCAAAGGCAAAUCUGCCCCGUGUACUCUCGAAAGUGGUGUGUGUGCUGUGCUUGGAGCUCAGUGGGGACCUGUUGAUCGUCCACAGGCGCUGCAAUGGAGUUUUCAAACAGACAAGUAUGACAUUUAACUGAGGGAAGAAGUGGGAGGAAAUUUUCACUCAUACUGAUCCGUGAGGCAACGAUGGAAAUCAUAGAUACCCAGUGUGCCUUGGCGGCGGUGGAGAGACUGCAAGCCAAAUUGAAGGAAAGAGGAGAGGCCCCCACUCAGGAGAAACUAUCCCUGCUGAAGACUGUCCUGCAGAGCCCACUGUUCCUUCAUAUACUGAGCUUACAGCAAGCUCAACAGAAGCCUGCGGCGAAGGGGAAGGGCAUUUCCAAGUCCGUGUCCAUGAACUGUGGCCCAUGCCAGGGUGAAGCACUGGGCACAAAGACGCUGAGCCACAGUGACUCGUACACAUGGGCCGUGGAGAACAGAAGGCCCAGCUCUGGCAGGGACGGCAGCAUCUCCUCUCAUGGCUCACAGGAGUUGUCCUUCUCAGACAUCUACCCAGAUAACAAUGUUCCAACUGAAUCUCAGUACUGCACUCCACCUCGGAUCUCCCGUACCAUGUCAAUGGGGAGAAACCUUUCUGCUUUUGCACACGAGAGGCGUCAUGUGGAGAUGAUAGAGCUGACCAAUGAUGGGAAAGGACUUGGUUUUGGCAUCAUAGGAGGACGGAGCACAGGAGUCAUGGUCAAGACCAUUCUCCCUGGAGGAGCUGCUGGAAGGGAUAAGCGCCUGCACAGCGGAGAUCAGAUCCUGCGCAUUGGCGAUACGGAUUUGGCGGGCAUGAACAGCGAGCAGGUGGCACAGGUGCUGCGAAAUGCUGGUACCAGGGUGAAAUUGCUCAUUGCUCGGGAUAGUCCUAAGGACAACCACUGUUCCUCCCCUGUCUUUAACCAGGAAAACUUGGAUGGCAUGGUCAGUGACUUGAAUGAUGACUAUGAGUUCAGUGUGCAGUUCACUAAGAACAAUCGGGGCCUGGGAUUCACUAUCUCUAGCUAUGUGGGUGACCUAAACUCAGUAUACAGUGCCGGCGUGAUGGUGAAGAGCAUAGUAAAAGGCAGCACUGCUGAUCAAGAUGGACGCAUACACGUUGGAGACAUCAUCUUGUCUGUCGAUGGGGUGAGCCUGCAGGGCUGCAGUGAACAGCGUGCCAUGGAAGUGCUGAGGAGGACAGGUCCAUUGGUCAGACUUAAGUUGCUGAGAAAAGCCGUCCGUCUUAGUAACAUCCUGCCUCCAGUUCCUCCUCUGCAGCGCCUCAGACACUCCCACAGCUUCCAUGAAGGGAAUCCCUACAAAUGGGGCCUCAACAAGAUUCAGGAGACAGGCAUUUGCUCUCUGCGUGAAAUCUCCAGGAGAGCAGCAUACGCCAGCAGACGACCCAGACACGAUUCCAAAAACAAUGUGAAACUGACUCCAGCUGAGGAGGAAAACCUGAGAAAGAGGUGGCAGCAAGCAGUGGGGCCGCGAUAUGAAGUGGUUGUGUGCCAGCUGGAGCGAUUCAGUGAGACAAGCGGUCUGGGCAUCAGUCUGGAGGCUCGGGCAGGGCAUCACUAUCUGUGUUCCAUCUUACCUGAGGGGCCCGUCGGCCAAAGUGGCAAGAUCUUCAUAGGAGACCAGAUAUUAGAGGUGAAUGGAAUUCCUCUUAUCGGAGAGACGCACAAGGAGGUGGUCAGUAUUUUGAAGGAGCUGCCAGUGCACGUAUACCUUGCGUGCGCUCGCAUUAUACCCCCUUCAGUUCCCAACAGUGAUGAGGAAGACGAUGAUGAUGUCUGUCUCAGCCUGAAAGAGCUGCUGGCUGGGUUCAAUGAUAAGUUGGACCAGGGUUGUGUCAUUCCCUGUCCUACAGCUGAGGACAUCACCAAGCGUGGCGUGCCCCCCAUGUCACCUCCUUUGGCCAUGUGGGAGAGAGAGGCUCAGGUGGUCGAGCUGGAGAAAGGAGAGUCGGGCCUGGGCUUCAGUAUCCUGGACUAUCAGGAUCCAGAAGAUGCCUCUAAAACAGUUCUGGUAAUCCGGUCUUUGGUGCCUGGAGGUGUAGCCGAUCGGGACGGUCGCCUCCUUCCUGGGGACCGGCUCAUGUUUGUCAAUGAAACUGACCUAGAAGGCUCCAGCCUGGAUUAUGCUGUGCAUGUCCUAAAGUCCACAGGCUAUGGCGCUGUCCGCAUUGGUGUUGCCAAACCCCUGCCGCUGGAACUGUGCGGUGGCUUAACUCCCAUCUCAGAGAGGAGCACACAGGCUUCCUGCGACGACAAUGACAGCCACACUCAGGUCAGCCUGGUAGCUGAAGCAGCCGAGGCUAACGUCAACGCCACCGCUUCAAACUCAGAGGACAACAGCACCAGUCAGCUGUGUUACACGCUGCAUCAUCGCUUCACCAACAUGGACGAUGACGACAUGCAGCAGCCGCCACCUCUGCCCCCCCGCACCAGCUUUGAGAGGACAAUCACUGUUGUGCGGGGCAAUCGUAGCCUUGGGAUGACAGUGAGUGCUAUCAAGGAUGGUUCAGGCAUGCUGGUGCGCAGUGUGGUCCAGGGGGGGGCUGUUAGCCAGGAUGGCAGGCUCGGGGUGGGGGACGCCAUCUUGGCCAUCAAUGGAGAAUCUACCUCCAACCUGACCAGCGCCAAGGCCAGGGCCAUGCUCCGCAGGCACUCUGUCAUAGGUCCAGAAAUGAGUAUAACCUAUGUCCCAGCCCACCAGGUGGAUGAACACCGUACUCGACUGUGUUUGCCCCCUCUGGCAUCAGUUGCAACAGACAGCCCCUCUUCCUCACCCACUCUAGCGACUGCUUCUCCGGAGCCAGCAGCAGACCCGGCCGGAUCCUCGAGUCACCCGGCUUUGUCUAUGCUCAAGCUUUCUUCCUCACUCAAGUUUAAAGCUACAACUCCGGAUCCAACUUCAAUCAGAUCUUCUGCAUCCUUCAGAACUCCCCAUAAAGACCCGGUCACAGUUCCAACCAUCACCCCAGCCUCAGACUCGAGCUGGCAGAUAGCAAAAUCUCUACCUCUGAAGAGCAAAGAUGGAGAUAUUACAGCAGAGAAAAGGGUCAAUGUUAAUACAGGUGGAACAGCAUCAAAGCCAGACGUGGAGAUAAAGGUGGAUGGUGCAGAAGAAGGAAAGGAGGAGGAGCUUCUUUCUACAGUGUCUUGGGACCAGCCUAAAAGUGUGCGACUAACGCGAGCACCAGGUCAGUCCCUAGGUAUCAGCAUAAUGGGAGGUAGAGGCAUGGGCCGAAGACUGAGCAGCGGUGAGAUGAUGAGGGGAGUCUUCAUCAAGAACAUCAGCCCAGACAGCCCGGCAGCACGUAAUGGGACCCUACGGGCUGGAGACAGGAUACUGGAGGUAUGUGGUGUGGACCUGAGAAGUGCCAGCCAUGAGCAAGCAGUGGAGGCCAUCCGCAGAGCUGGAGACACUGUGACCUUUCUAGUGCAGUCUGGACAAGACAGAUCUCAGUCUCCUGCUCUCAUCAACCAUGAAAGACUAACUCCAACACUGCUGUCCAACUCACACAGCAGCAGGGAAGCAGAGAACCUUGGUGGUCUGUUCCUUAGUCCUUCCCCUGCAAACCCCUUCAUUCCCACCCCGUUUAAGGUACCUUCACCAGCAUCCGAUAGAAUGGAUCAGAGAUGCCCUACGAAUUUCACAACACCAGUCGCAGUUGAAGAUGCUGACGACUCUGGCAGAAAAAAGAUGCUUCAGCGUUAUGGCAGUCUGUCUGGAAAGCUCCAAAUGAUUGAGCUAGAGAAGGACCCUGCAGCUCACGGCCUGGGAAUCAGCCUCACGGGCAACAAGGAUGGCUCUAGGGCCCGUAUGGGUGUCUAUGUGGCAGAUAUAGACGCUCUAGGCCCCGCUGGUUUAGAUGGGAGGAUACAGAUCGGGGAUGAGCUUCUAGAGAUUAACGGUCAGAUUUUGUACGGCCGGAGUCACCAGAAUGCCUCCGCCAUCAUCAGUAAUGCUCCAUGUAAAGUCAAGAUCAUUCUCAUCAGAAAUAAAGCAGCUCUAGGUGAAACGGUCCAGGGACUCAGGAAAGACUGUGAGGACACGAUCGACUCCCAGUCUGACACUGGAGGCUGUGGACAAAUCUCCAGUGACAUUGAACACAUUAUUCUACCUCAGGAUUAUGCAGGUCUUGGCCUUUGCUUGGAAGAGGACAACUCUAAGGGAGGACUGGUGGUCACGUCCCUGAUCCAGCACGGCACUGCCAGCAAAGAUGGCAGGAUAAAGAUUGGAGACAGAAUCGUAGCAGUGGGUGAUGAACCCGUGGCUGGACUGUCAGUAAAAAAGGUGUCCAGUUUGAUUCUCAAACACCGGGUCACUGUCAAGCUCUCCAUCAACCGUUCCAAGAGUCUCUCCUCCUCCUCCUCUUCUUCUCUCCCUCUCCCUGCAUCACUCUCCAGUCCCCGCUCACUCACUCCAGUGUCCUCUCUAAGCCUUCCUGUCGCCUCCUCCUCCUCUUCGUCUCUAAAACCCAUGCAGACCUCUCCAGUGGAACAGUCUGAUUGGCCAGGAUCAGCUCCCACAACUUCCGACCCUGUCAGCUGUCCAAUUGUUGCAGGAAAGGAAACUACCAUAGAGAUUUAUAAAGGAAACGUAGGCCUGGGUCUCAGCAUUGUAGGUGGAUGUGACACUUUGCUGGGGGCAGUAAUAAUCCAUGAAGUGAACGAUGGAGGAGCAGCACAGAGAGAUGGUAGACUGCAGGCUGGAGAUCAGAUAUUAGAGGUAAAUGGCAUAGAUAUGCGGCAGGCCAGUCAUGACGAAGCUAUUGCCGUGCUACGGCUCACCACCCAGCGUGUCCAGCUGUGCGUCUUCAGGCACCAGGAAUCCUACAGGGAGGAGGACCUGUGGGAUGUGUUCAGUUUGGAGCUGAGGCCUCGUCCUGGAGAAGGACUGGGCUUCACUACUGUGGGGAAGAGUAAUGACACUGGCAUCUUUGUGUCAGAUAUCAUCAGAGGAGGUGUAGCAGAUUCGGAUGGCAGGUUGUUGCUAGGUGACCAGAUUCUGUCAAUCAAUGGGGAAGACGUGCGUGCAGCAUCACAGGAGCGUGCACAGACGCUUCUGCAGAAUUGCAGUGGAGGAGUCCACCUGGAGGUGGCUCGUUUUAAAGCCGGGGUGCAGUACACACUGCGGAGUCAGGAGUACCUUAAGUUGUGUUUUAUCCAGAGCGAAGACUCUGACUGCUCCACACUUACACCCUCAAGUGUAUGCGAUGCUUCUUUUGGCCACCAGAGGGAGACAGAUAACAAAAUAGGGAGCUACACAUUCAAAGACUCUGACAUCAGAAAAGUGAUAAUAAAAAAGGGUCCAUACGACUCCUUGGGCAUCAGCGUAGCUGGAGGAGUGGGCAGUCCCCAUGGCAACCUUCCUCUUUUUAUUGCUACCAUGGAUACCAAUGGACUGGCUGCCAAAACACAGAAAUUACAGACGGGAGACAGGAUCCUCAGUAUCAAUGAUGUUUCCACUGAGGGAAUGACUCAUGUCCAUGCUGAAGCCCUGCUCAAGAACACCACUGGAACCAUCAUUUUGCAGGUGGCUGCAGCUUCUCAGGGAUGCAGCACACAGGGUAACAGCGAUGUGCAUGCAUGGUCAUUAGGCCAGCCGAGCAGCCUGCCCUGCUUUCACAACAGCCUCUGCGCUCGCAUGUAUAAGACCAUCACUCUGGAGAGAGGCUCCUCAGGUCUCGGCUUCAGCAUUGUAGGAGGUUUUGGCAGCCCUCACGGAGACCUGCCUAUCUACAUCAAAACUGUCUUUGACAAGGGUGCAGCCAUUGAGGAUGGCAGGCUGAAACGUGGCGAUCAGAUAAUUGCUGUUAAUGGACACUGCCUGGAAGGUGUGAGCCAUGCUGAAGCUGUGGACAUUCUGAAAAAGACCAAAGGAACUGUCGUCCUCACCGUGCUCUCAUGAGACAACUGCCCACUGCACCUCAAUUUCAUGACAUCUUCCUAAAACAGCUCUGGAGGGCUGUGGUUGUUUCCUAUAAAGCUGUAGAGUGAUUCUCCUCUUGUAGAGGACACUCUACAUGUCAAAACAAUACAUAUAAAUAUAAGAAGAGUAUUUAUUUUAAGUCUAAAUUUACUUGCAUUUAAGUUGUGAACUCUACCUCCAACUGCAAACACAGCUUUGUUGUAUUUACACUCAGUAUUUAAAAAUAUAGCAGAGCAUGUCCAGUUAAAUCCAGUUAAGCAGCCGGGUAUUGGGCCGCCAAGGCCUCCAUCUUGGGCUUUGUGGAUUGGAUGCCUGAGUCCAGUCUGAGUCCUUUCAGAAUGACCACUAAGCUCAGUCAUUCUGGAGGGACUCAGAGUAGAGACGCUACUCCUCCAGUCCAGAAGACCUAGAAUGCCCUCUUGGUGAGGCGUUUUGUGGCAUGUCUAACUGGCAGGAGACCCCAAGGGUGGACGCAGGACACACUAGAGAGAUUUUAUGCCUCAGGUGGCUUAGGUAAGCCCCAAGAAGAGCUGGAGAAGGAAAUAGCUAAGGAGCCCCUGAGACCCUGACCCAGAUGAGCGGAAGAAAAUGGAUGGAUGGAUAGUUCAGCAUUGCUGUGCAUUAUUUUUCAUGUAAACACACUCAUCAAUACGUUACGUGUUCAUACUAAUAUAUAAAAUUGAAGCCUCAAUUGACAGCAGCCUAGUGCUGGAUUUUGAUUAUUACUUUAACAAACAAACAACUCCUAAGACUCAAAAUAUGCCAACUGCUUCUGCCAAUCUUUUGUAUGGCAAUAGGUUUGAAAGACUGUCGUACUUUUCUUUUCAUUGUUGUGUUCGAAUAAUUAAAAAUGUGUCAUGAUUUCAUGAAUAAUGAAUGUCUUAAGCGGCAUGUUGAUAAUUAGCAAUGAUGACGACCUUGUGUUAAACGGGACAAAGAAUAGGAAAAACUGCAUUUUGCUGCAUCUGUUAGAAGCAGCUGCUGAGUAUCGACUGUUAUUUACCAGUGUAGUAUUAAUCAGUGUUUUCAUAGUCUUUAACUUUAGCAGCUGUUUUUUUAGGACUUGAUUGUUGAUGUUAACAGUUCAGUGUGAAAUUAGACACCGUCUCCGUUUUAUAUGAAUUUAUUUACCUGACUUCACACGGCUGUGAUACUUAUGUUUUCGUCACUGUAAUUAAUUUCAUUAAUAUGAGAAGUCACUUCACACUUACAUACACGCAUGCACGCACACACUCGUUUUCAUAUCUUAGUGAGGACAUCUAAUUGACAUAAUGUUUUCCCUAGCUGCUUACUUUAACCCUAACCAUCAAAAAUGAAUGCCUAACCCUGACCAUUUGCGUUGGUCCUCACAAAGAUAUAUAAACAUGGUACACACGCACUGGUAUUGUGUAACCAAAUGUUCUGUAAGUGAUCUUAUUAAAUGUUAUUUGUUAAAAUUUUGUAUCCAAAACCUUUUGAAGUUCA